CGUAUUAUUAUAUGAAUGUUUAUUAAGGAGCAUCGGAUAUACAAUAUAGACAGAAAGCGAAAAUUGUCAGAGUCGGUUGAGAUUGUGGAUUCCGCACCCAAAGUUGCAAAACUUGAUGAAGAGAUUGAUUCAACCAUUGAAUACUUUAAGGGAAAUAUUCUGUUUCCUUCUGAAAAUCUGACAAUGGAGAUGGCAGUGGAGCAGAAAAGGAUUUUCGAAUACUUGAGAAUGGAAAACCCAGCAAUCACAGCAACAACUGUAAGAGACAGUUGGAAGCAGGACUUUAAGAUACGACAGAAAUUGCAUUCUCAAGGAUUUACUGCAGGUCAUGUAAAGGAAGAUGGAAAUUGUGUGCCUUCUAGCCUUCUUGCUGCCAUUAUCGGCAAGAGUUGUUCCAAAGAUGUAGUACAGAAGUUUAAAGAAAAAUUAAUAAAUAAACUUGAUCAGACAUUAAGUGCAGUAAGUAAAGCAGACCACGUCAAGGAUGUAAACGAGAUAUUCGGUGGAGUAGGAAAUGGGGGAGUAAAAAAUCAUUUAAAGGAUUGGGAUGAAUACACUGUACAAAUUAUACAAGAUGGAGUGUGGUGGAGUACGUUGGAGAUAGACUUAGUGGCGAAAUUGUUAGGAAUAAAGAUCUAUCUCCUCGUCAUUAAUCCUGGUGAGGCGUACAUGAGUACUUUUAAACCGUCAAAGGUUCAGAGUCAGACUGAAUAUUCAAACAUCAUUUUAAUCAACAAGACAGAAGCCCGUCAUUUUGGAUAUUGUUUCAAAUUAUCCCCUAUGUUCUUGUCUCCUAAGAUCUCAGAGUCUAAAGAACCUUUGCCUAAACCAGGAGAAUUAACUCAACUUAACAACAACUCAAUCUCACCAUCAUCUUCAAUAAUAUCCCAUUCAACACUUCAAGCACUAACUCCUCUUAACCGCUAUGGAAAGCCUGCUGCUCGUUCUCUUAGGAAGAUGUUAAAGGAAUUCUCCUGUGAUAAGGCAGUUGAUCCUGUUGCUUUAACUAAGGAAUUACCAAGUGAUGAUGCUGCUGUUCCUGUUACUCUAACAAAGGAAUGUAUGGAUGAUCUUUGUAGAAGAUUUGCGACAGUGUUGGCUGAUGAGGCUGAGAAGAGCAAGACUGUUGAGACAGAGAGUAUAGAGGAAGCUUUAUUAGAGGAGUUUCAAAUUUCAACAGACAAGAAAUCGAUGCAUUGCCGAACCUGCUUAACCUGGAUGUUUCCUAAGGAUGGAUUUGGCGUAACAGGGAAGAUCACAAUAACAUCUAAAAGUGAGACACAGAAGAAAAUGAAGGCCCAUCUGAAGUCUGGAAAUCAUCUCACGGGAGUGAGAAAGAUGAAGUUAAAACAGUUUGAACACAACUUUGCCUCCGACCAGGAUAAAAAGCUAGGUGUUGCUAUGGUGAUGAACUUUCUGAUAACUCUACAGAAUUCCGGAUCAACCAGAUUAUUUAUGGACUUGCUGUCCAAGGACGCCGAUCUGUUAGCUCCGGGAGAGGUCGCAACAAAGAACAACAGCCAAAAUGAAUACAGACUUCUCCUUGAAAUAGUUUAUAAGGAGUACGAAGAGUUCCUCAACAAACAGUUCAAGGAGGCCAGAGCAUUCUCUCUUACCUUGGACAAGGUAACCGUGUCCGGGGACCCGUACACUGUCAUCAUCGUGUUCUACUUUUCAGAAAAUGGAACAAUAAUCCGACGCCUUGUCGACGUCAAGAAGAUGACUGAGGAUGAUUAUGAUGGUAUGGGUGCAGCAGAGAUGGUAUGCGACUCCCUAGUAACUCAUCUCAACAUAUCUGAGAUUGACAUUGGUGAUAGACUAAAGCACCUUACAGCAGACGGAGCCUACAUGUCGGCUGGUCUGAGGCGUGCAAGUGCUGGACGUGGAUCUGGACUAAACUUAGCUAGACGUAUUCAAUCUCGAAUAGGUGUAAAGAUAACCGAGAGAUGGGACCCAUCUCACCAAAUUGAGCUAGGUUUGAAGCCAGCAUUGAGAGGGACAUCACUGCAUGAUUUAAAAACCCGAGUGAUGCAGGGAUAUUCCAAGUAUCAAACGGGCAAGUGCAAGGUUAGAUUUGAGAACUGGGCUUACCAAAACGGGUUCUAUAUUCGUAAAUAUACAGGAGAGCAAGUUACAAGGUUUGUAGCUGCCCUGGAGAGAUCAAUUGACGUUUUUCUUCAUAACUUGCCAGCAUUGAUUGCGUAUGAGAAUUCUAUUGGUUUAGACGAUAACCAAUUAACCACCGCAGAACUAUUGUCUGUAAUAGGGUUGAACCAGAUCAUCCAAAUACUGAGAGAAGGGUCGAUUUCUGCCCAGUCUAGCACGAGCUACCCUGUCAGUUCCCUGGAUAUGUUGGCCGCCUUGAAGACUAAACUUGAAGUCUGGAGUCAAGCUUUUGAGUUUGAGGGUCAGUCACUGAAAUAUUCUGUUGAAAUUUUAGAAAAGAAAACUUUCUCUCCAGAAUUCUCACUACAGGGGGCCAAGCAGCAAGCUGGAGCAAAGUGGAAGGCAGCGAAAUCAGAUCAGGAGACCAGGUAAUGUUUUAAAUAAUAAAAGAAAUAAUGAGGAAA